UCCAACUUCCCCAGCGCUGGAUCAUCUUGUGGAGACGCGACAGGCGCGGUAGGUGCGGACGCACCUCGCGGCCAUGGAUCUGGCAGUUGAAUCCUUCCUCGGAGAUCCAGGCGUCCACGGCAAAGAUCGACGACCUCGUUGCCUCGCAUCCCGAUCUGGAGCGACACGUCGCCGAUCUAGGCGAUGCGGUGGCGGCGCUCCAAACGGUGCAUCAGCCGAUGCUUCCGACCUACCAGCGACGACUGGCGUCCAUGCUGGACACGGAUCUGGCGCGGUCGACAUCCUCCCAGGGCCACAGUGCCACGGCGUCGUUCCAUCACCACGAGGACCCCCCCGCGGUAUCGUUCCAGGCACCGCCACAGUCCCCGGCCAUGGGCGAGUUAGAACUUUCGAUGGGAAAACCGAGGAGCUCAGGUAAAGAGGUGGAGUCGGGAGCGCAGAUGGACGUGGGGCCAAGAAAGGGCCCGUGGACGCCGGAGGAGGACCUUGCGCUGAUGCAGUACAUCGAGCGCAAUGGCGGGAGCCAUGGAAACUGGCGGCGCCUGCCCAAGCUGGCUGGCCUCGACCGCUGUGGCAAGAGCUGCCGCCUCCGCUGGUGCAACUACCUCAACCCCAACAUAAAACGCGGCCCGUUCACCAGCGACGAGGACAAGCUCAUAAUCGAUCUGCACUCUAUUUUGGGAAACAAGUGGGCAGCUAUAGCCAAGCAAAUGCCUGGCAGGACGGACAACGAGAUCAAGAAUUACUGGAACACACACCUACGCAAGCAGGUGCUGGCCAUGGGCGUCGACCCCGUGACCCAUCUACCCUGCCCUCCCAUCGAGGCUGCCAGUACCCCCACCGGCACCCUCCUCGACCUCGUCAUGCUCCAGCAGGCGGAAGCCGCAAACUACCGGCACCUCGUUCAAGAUGCCAUGGCUAAGCUCUUCUGCCCUUGCUCACUCCACCUUGCGGCGCCUUUUCCUGACGCAAGCUUGUUGGCCAAUCUUGGUGCUACCUUUGUGCCGCACGGCAGAAACAACAGCAGCGGGGAGUUCAACAGCAGGGUAAACCCUUCGGCGUUAACAGGCAUGGCUCCGGUCGCGUCAUAUUCAUAUCCCUUCUUGGUUGGAGACAUGCCCGCCGCUGCCAGUCACGGCGAACUGAGCUCGAUGGCACAUGGCCACGAUGUGGUGACAAGCGGUGUAAACUUGACGGUACCCAUUGCACGAGAGGUACCGACAGUUUCGUCAGCAACGGCUGACAAGGCAAGCUCGUCGGCAGCAAUAGUGUCAUGCAGCCAGCUAGAGGAUAUGAACUAUUUGGACCUAGACAACGACGCCGACGAUGACGAUGAUAAGGGCUGCUGGAAUGAGUUGCUGGUAUAGGUCUCUGGUGAGUAUUGUACUAUUAAUAAUUUAGCAUCAUCGUCGUCUUCUGCAAAGUUUACACACAGAUGUACUACGUAGGAGGAAUAAAGAGGAAUAUUGGUGUAAAUUAUUAUUGUAUGCUUGAGUCUUUGGCACAUAUAUUGGGAUACAUUAUU